AUGAGAAUUUUUCAAUUGCAUCGAGCCAUUGCCACUCUCUCACAAGGUACAGAUUCUGUUUCAUGCUAUUUCACAAAAUUAAAGGAUUUAUGGAUUGAGUAUGAUGCUAUGGUACCCAAGGCCAAUUCAAGGGAUUAUGUUGAUCAUUUAGACCAACAUAAAUUGCUACAAUUCCUUAGUGGAUUAAACGACUUUUAUGACCAAGCUAGAAGGCAGAUCCUCAUGAAGUCGAAUGUGCCUUCUAUCAAUCGAGCUUAUGCGAUGGUGAUCGAAGAUGAAUCUAUACAGUGUCCUGGUACGGAUGCAGUAAUUAAUAAGAAUGAACUAGUAGCUAUGCAGGGGAAGAAAAGGUUCAAUCAGCUCAAUACUGGACAAUUUGGUCGUGGAAGUGGUGGUGCAAAUGGACAAUUUGGUCGAGGAACUCCACAGUUUAAUGUUCUUAACAAUGAUUCUAGCAAUGCAGGUGCUCAAUGCUCUUCUAGCUGUGACUUGCGGGAUGUUUUUGCUGGAAAGGGACCAUUCUUCACGAAGGAACAAUACAAGCAGAUUUUAGCAUUGUUGAACAAGGAACUAGCUGACAAUCAAAACAACAUGGAUAGCCAAAGCAAUAUGGCAGGUAUUGUAGUUUGUUUCAUGUCCAAAGAUAUUACUAGUGAGUGGAUUGUGGACUCAGGUGCCACACAUCACAUAGCUGCAUCGAUGGAUUUAUUAACAAAUGAUAACAUUAAGAAAGAAUCUAAGGACACAGUACAUUUUCCUACUAGAGAUAAGAUCCCUAUUUCUCAUACAAGCCAUGCAUCUUUACUUGGUAUUGAGGUUAUAAAAGGUGUCUUGUAUGUACCAGAUUUCAAAUUUAAUCUCCUUUCAGUAUCUAAACUCACAAGAGAACUGAGGUGUUCAGUGAAUUCUUUUCCUGACUUUGUCCUCUUCCAGGAUCUUUACAGUGGCAGGGUGAAUGGGAUUGAUAAGGAGACAUGUGAUCUGUACAUUGUCAAAGGUAGCAGUAAUAAUAGCAGUAGAGAUUGUAAUGUAGCAGCAAUAGUCGCAGUGAAUGAGGAUUGCAGAUUAUGGCAUCAAAGUCUUGGCCAUCCUUCGGCCUUUGCUAUGAAAAGUAUAAAUUGGUUAGGAAGCACUGUGGAUAAUGAUCUUCUGAAUAAUUGCCCUGUGUGUCCCUUAGCUAAACAAACUAGAUUGUUGUUUCCUACUAGUAUUUUUAGGGCAGUAUCUCCUUUUGAUCUUGUUCAUAUGGAUUUAUGGGGCCCUUAUAAAACACCCACCUAUGACAAGAAGUAUUAUUUCCUUACUAUUGUGGAUGACUUUAGUAGGUUUACUUGGAUUCAUUCGCUGCAACUCAAAUCUGAAACAAUUGUUGUAAUUAAAAACUUCAUGUUAAUGGUAAGAAACCAAUUUGGAGUGAUGGUAAAAGUGUUGAGAUCAGACAAUGGCAUUAGGGGUGUUCAAACCGAACCGAAACCGAACACCGAAUCGAAACCGAAGCUUAAUGGCUUAUUGGUAUGGGGAGAUAAGUUUGCUGCAAGAGCAAAGGCAUCAGUCUUGAUAGGAUAUUUGGAUAGACAGAAGCUUUAUAUCUUAUUAGAACUUGCUACUAAUAGAAUAUUUGUAAGUAGGGAUGUGGAAGAUGAACCUUAUGCUCUUAAUCAAGACACGACCACUGAUGCUGCACAUAUUCCACUGAGAAAAUCCUCCAGGACCUCCAUACAACCUAUUUGGCUAAGAGAUUAUGUCACAACACAGAAGGGAACCAGUAAGUAUCCCAUCACUAACUAUAUAUCCUAUGACAAAGUCACACCAAAGUACCAAAGCUAUUUGGAAAAGUUUUCUACAUUGGUUAAGCCCAGAUCUUUCAAACAAGCUGCAAAAUAUGCUAGAUGGAUUGAAGCAAUGAAACAAGAAAUCAAGGCUUUAGAGGAUAAUAAAACUUGGGAAGUUGUAGACUUACCAUCAUGGAAACACACUGUAGGAUCCAAAUGGGUCUACAAGAUCAAGUACCAAGCAAAUGGAGACACUGAGAGGUUCAAGGUUAGACUAGUUGCAAAAGGUUGGAAUUUAUACCAAAUGGAUGUCUACAAUGCUUUUUUGCAAGGCGAUCUUUAUGAAGAAGUUUACAUGGAUAUGCCUGAAGGAUUUAGGAGGCAGGGGGAGCAGAAGAAACCAGAUGACAUGGUGAUCAUCCUGGUGUAUGUGGAUGAUCUGCUCAUCAUAGGCAGCAAUGAUCAGCUGAUUACUGAGGCAAAGGAGAUACUCCAUCAGCAAUUCAAGCUAAAGGACUUAGGUGAGCUCAAGUACUUCAUGGGCAUUGAAAUCUUAAGGUCAGCAACUGGGGUACUUUUGAAUCAAAGGAAGUAUGUCCUAGAACUCAUUUCUGAAAUGGGACUCAGUGGUGCCAAGCCAGCAAUUACCCCUUUGGAGACCAAUAUCAAGUUAACUACAAUUGCAUAUGAUCAGGCAACAGGUUCCACAGGUGACUCACUUUUAGAAGAUGUUAGUACAUAUCAAAGAUUGAUUGGUCGUUUGAUGUAUGUUACUUCAACAAAACCUGAUAUUAGCUAUGCUAUUCACACCUUGAGCCAGUUCAUGCAGCACCCUAAGAAGUCCGACUGGGAGGCUGCUAUUAGGGUGGUUAGAUAUUUGAGGAAUUCUCCAGGACAAGGUAUUUGGUUGAGGUCUGGUCCUGCAUCAAAGUUACAAUGUUGGUGUGAUUCUGAUUGGGCAACUUGCCCCAAUACUAGGAGAUUAGUAACAGGUUAUGUGGUAAAAUUUGGUGAAUCUUUCAUUUCAUGGAAGUCAAAGAAGCAACAAACAGUGUCCAGAAGUUCAGCUGUAGCUGAAUAUCGUAGCAUGGCUUCAGCUGUAGCUAAAGUCACAUGGUUGCUUGGUCUAUUUCAAGAGCUGGGAGUUCCCAUCAAGCUUCAUGUUCUAUUGCAAUGUGACAGCAAAUCUGCUAUACAGUUGGCUGCUAAUCCUAUUUUUCACGAACGAACAAAAUAUAUUGUGAUUUAUUGUCAUUUCAUUCGUGAUGAGUUCAAGGCAGGGGUGGUCAAGACUGUCUAUGUCCAUUCCAAAGUCCAACAAGCUUAUUUACUCACCAAGAGCCUCUCUCAGGAUUCACACAAGCUUCUACCAUUAGAGCAGUGCAGAGCUAAUGCAAAUUUGCUCAGUGUAAGAGAAGAUUUUAGCAAAUACGAACAACAUGAAACUGAAGCAGUACGACUUGUUCAGUAUGUCGGAGACAAAUACUUGUGA